AUGUUUAUCACCGUAUUUCUAAUAGUUAUACUUGCAAAUUCGGUGCAAACUAAUUGGAAUCAAGAAAAUUUCAACCCUCAACAAGAUGAUCAUUCUUGCAAAUGUGUUUCGGACCGAUGUGCGUGUUGUGCCACCAAAAAAAUCAUUUUCGAAAAACACACAUGUUUGUGAAACUAUUUUUAUUUUAGAAGUUGAACCCCAAUUUUUCAGUCUGUGUAAUUUUCUCAAAUCGAACUACCGAAACCGAUGAUGCAUUCGAUGCUACCGUAACUAUCGACAAUUUUAAUAUGAGUAAUCUAACAUCAAUAAGUAAUUCCUCAUCACUUUGUGUGAAUCAUCAAAAUCUAGUGUGCUUCGAUUUCCAACGCGUAAGUCCUACGUUUUGUGUUUUAUAUUUCCAAACUUUUUACAGCUCAACAAAACUAAUGGCCGAUUAAAUGGGUGUGUGGAAGCUCGCAUACAUUUCAGUUUAUUUUUCUUGAGGGACAUGAAUUUCGGUUUAGGAUGUUUUUGA